AUGGCAAAAGAUCCGUUUUUAUCGGAUGGUUCCCGUAAGCGUAAGAGAACAAAUCCCCCCACUUCCAAUGUGAACAGGAUAUCAAAAACGCAAAACAAAAACCAAACGGAAAGAGCUGAUGAAGAUAUCACCAGUGAGUCUGAGACCGAAAAUUUAAGUUCUGAUGGAGAAGUGAAGGAAGAGCAAUCCAGUGAAUCUGAAGAUGAAGAAGACUUUGCAGAGACCGCUGCAGAUAAAAGACGUCGUUUGGCCAAGCAAUACCUUGAAAACCUGCAAGCUGAACAAGAGAGCUACGAGUUCGAUGCUCAAGAUCUGGACAACGAUAUUCUGGCAAGAAGGUUACAGAUGGACGUCAACGAAAACAAGGGAACACUAUACAAAUUCAUUGCUGACAAGUUGCUUGUCAGGGAUUGCAAACCUACAAUCAGUAGAGUUGGUUCUAAAGGAAUGACGUGUGUGUCUGCAAGCUAUCCGUUCUGUUAUACUACAUCAAAAGAUAUGGAGUUGAGCAAGUGGAAAAUUGAUGACUUUAACAAAAAGCCCCAAAAGGUGAAGUACGUAAAGGGUGGUGUCAAGUAUAGAAACUUGAAUAAAGAGCAACAUUUGAACGGGCAUUGUGGUGAGGUCUUGACAUGUUCAGCUAGCUCUAACGGGAAGUACGUAGUCACUGGUGGAAGGGAUCAAAGACUAAUAGUAUGGAGUACUGAGGCAUUAUCCCCGUUAAGGGUUUGGGAAAUUAGGAACAGAAACGGUGUGAUAUUUAGUACCGUAUUCAGGAAACAGAGUGAUCAAUUAUAUGCUGCAUGUGGUGAUUUGAAAGUUAGGACUUAUGGGGUGGCCCAGAUGUCUCAGUUGGAGACCUUAUAUGGCCAUCAAGACUUUGUGGCAGAUAUUUCAGCCUUGAGUCAGGAAAGAUGUGUAACUGUCGGUUCUAGAGACAGAACAGCCAUGCUUUGGAAGAUUCCUGAAGAGUCUAAGUUAACUUUCAGAGGAGGAGAUUCAGAGGAAAAGAAGAACAAGUUUGGAAAUUUGAAUUCUAAGGAGUCUGAUAAAUUGAGCUUUUACGCCGAGGGCUCAUUAGAUUGUAUUUCUAUGGUUGAUGAGUCCCACUUUGUUACUGGGUCAGAUAAUGGUAAUGUUUCAUUUUGGGCCAUCAACAAGAAGAAGCCAAUUUUUGUAAUUAGACAGGCGCAUGGCCUGGAACCACGGAUUCCAUCUGGUGACGCAUCAGGAGAGAUAAAUGAGCAAGCUGCAGAGUUUCAGGUCCCCAAGCGAAACCCUUACUGGGUCACCGCCAUUCAUUCAUUACCACUUUCUGACGUGUUUUUCACUGGUUCCUGGAAUGGGACUAUUAGAGUGUGGAAGAUCAACUCCAACUUACGGUCAUUUGAGCUUUUGGGAGAACUCCCUAACGCCAACGGUGUUGUCACCAAGAUAGACAGCUGCGAGUUUGACGGGAAGAUUAGACUGUUUGCCACGUUAUCCAAAGAGCAUAGAUUGGGUAGAUGGAUUAAAACGAAAGGAAGAAAUGCAUUAUACAGCGCAGUUUUAGACCUACAAAACUUGAAGCGUCCAAAGAACAGUUAG